AUGUACCACGUUGUGAUGUGGUAUCAAUUCGUGAUCUUCACAGGAUGGACUUUGUCCGAGUGGAGUGCCCUUGCUGGUGCUCCCCAAGGGAUACCGGCGGAACAUGAAAGGAAACCUAUGCGCCUGCGGCGCCCGACACCAGAUGCCUGGUUUGUUGAGGAAGCCCUUGAGGACUCUCUUGCAAAGAAGACGACGCCUUACGGGGAAGGCACAGGAGAGGCCCCAGUCGCUAAGCACGAUGAAGAGGAAGAGAUCUCGUGGAUGCAGACAGAUAUCAGUGGGAUAACGGACACUGAGAAUGGAUGGCUUUCGCUGCUCCAGCGGAUGGCCCAAGGGUUGGAGGACAUGCCAAAGGGAAUACGAGGCCCCGCGGCAGGACAACUCCUGCGCUGGCUGUCACACAGGGUCACUGACGUGGAACGUGGCCAGUUCCUUGGGCAUGCCAGAGGGCGGCCGGCGGAUGUCACAGCGCUCUUGGUCGCAAUGCGAGAGUCGGAGGACGAGGCUUGUCGUUUGCUGCCUGGCACGCGUGAACAUGAGUGGACGAAUGAGGUAUGGAGACAGCUCUGUCAAUUUAUUGACUGUCAGCCGGGGUCAUUGGAGGACUUGGGCAGACCCCUCCCUACUAGCCUACCGGUGAUCAUGCUGUUCCCCAAGCCACUGCCCAGUGACACCCCGCCGGAGGAGUACAGCGAGGAGGACGAAAGGCCGGCUUCACCUGAGCCCAAGGUCAAAAGACGCAUGGUGCAAGUUGAGAUGAGUUCGGGGUCAUCGGAUAACCCCAGGACUUCGGCGAGCAUUGCUGUGCCACUCAACAGCACUGGUAGGGCUGAGUUGAGCCUGACGAUGACAAUGGUGGAGGAAGAGAUUGAAGUGCCCACGCCAGUCGCGACGGCGACGGGCUUCUCGCUCCCGCCCCCGGCACCGCAUGGCUUGGAUGCUUGGGGUUUGUCCCAGUCGGAAUUUGACAACAUGUGGCAGGGAUGGAGAUCAGGAACCCUUAUGCUUUCGGAAAUCACGAGGGUGCAUGGACCCACGGUGGCCCAGUUCGUGCUGGAUCAUUGGGCACCCCUGACACUGGAGGCCUAUGUGACCCCACCGCAAGGAGAACCAGGGAAUACAGAGAGGGCUGAAGGAGUACCUGAUACAGCAGAGGAGACCGAGGAUGCUCAGCUCAUACAUGUUGGGAUGCACUAUGUGAUGCUUCAGAGUGUGUUUGGGGCUACGGUCCCGACCACGCCGCCGAGGCCCCCGACCUUCUUUGAGCUAGGCAGGAGGAUGGUACAGUAUAUGUGUGAAGCACAGGCUGAACCAGGAUUGCUGGCUACAGUGCUCCAGAUGCUGUCAUGGGACAGAAAUGAAGAAGGGUACGACAUCAUGCUCGAGGAUUAUCUGCUUGAACUAGGGUUGCCGAUAGAGGCCGACGCUGAAAGAGCAGAUGAGGUCUCCCCGCAUCACAGGGAUAUUCUGGUGUGGAUGGAACAAGAGUUGUGGGAUGACUAUGUGGAUGUGAUGGAAGCAGAGGCUGGCUGGGAAAGCGAUGGAGUUAUGAAUCGCAGGGCUAGCCAAACUGUUUCGGAGGCGGACUGCCGUGUGUGGCGAGAGUGGGCAGCCCACGUCACAACACCGGGCAGAGAACGCAGCCGCUCGCGAUCUCCACGUAGGCAGGGUGAUGCCACAAGUCUGAUGGAGAACCAUGAAGGGUCCAGACCAAAGCCCAAAGCCAAGCAGGCAGGCAGGCGCUCCUCAGGCUCUGCAAGCCCGAGUGCUCGCCCCAGCGAUGGUGACCGUGCGGAAGCCAGAGAACGUGAAAGGAGCCGCCAUGACACAGCGAGGAGGACUACGGAGACUGGAGAAGACCGACCAGUAUUACCUCGUCGUGGGGCAGGUCGCUGCACGGAGGAGGUCAGAAGGCUGAAUCCGCUUGGACGGCGAUCGCACCGCCACCUAGUGGCGAACGACCGCGCCAUGGACAUCAACGAUGCUUCGCUUUGGUGGUUGCGCGUGUUGGGACUGCGCAGCCCGGCGGAGACGGACAUUGGUAGGGCGUUGUCACGAGCUGGCCAUGAAGAUCGCCUGUCGGAGGUACGCGAUCUACCAACCUCUGACCUUUUGGUCAUAAUGGUCGGGCUGCUCAGGAUUACAGCGAUGUUGCGGGUGGAGUGUUGCCAGAUGCUUUACACCCACCCACAUUUGUCACAGGAGGUGGAGGUCACGGUGGACGAGGAAGAGGAGAGCAUGUGGAUGCAGGUCAGCACCAGGACAAGUACCACCACCCAUGUCGAGCAGCUGGCAACCACGGCUUUGGAGGACUCACUGGAGCUGGAGUCGCAUUGGAAUGGGUCCACAACGGACGCAUACAAUUGUGACCUUGCUGGCCGUCGAAGGGUUCGCCCCGCUAUCUUCGACGACACUGAGAUGAUUCGAGUGCUCUCGCAUCCGCCCCGCCAGCGGCCGCAGCGCGACUCCAACCACGCGACGGCUUAUUGUCCGAACUUUCGCCUUUGGCUGAUCGCGAACCAGUACCAAGGCCUCCCGAUCUCACCAACGGCAAGCAUCCUGUCCAUGAGCCAACACGACCACGAGCACGGACCUACGGCAACCACCAUAAGCAGGUUCUUGUGCAACAUGCACGCCAGGUUCUCUUGCAACCUCCACUACAUCUUCCGGGAGAGUCGGUUCGUAUCUCAUCCAGCCCUGAUGUGGACCAACUGGUGGAGGAUGAGAGCACAGGAGGAGGGAAGGGAACAGGAGGAACAGCUGCAAAAUGAACAGGACCAGGAGCUCUACAGGGCCCAUCAAGCAGCACAGUAUCAGGCGUGGGAGGAUUGGGUUCUCCUCUCGACUCCGUCUGAUCGACCAAGACGGCAAAGGGUUCGUUUUACAGUUCAGCAUGCUGGUGGUACAUCGGCGGUGGCUUGUGAACUGCCCAUGGCACGUGGCAGACCCUUUCAAGUUUCCAUGGUGGUUGAAGAAGUGGAAGACCCGAUACAAGGAGGUGCAGACCGUGGAAGGCCGUCGGGAGCUGGUUCCGUGGAUACGGGUGGAAAAGGAAAUCCAAGGGAGAGGACGGAUGGUACAGAGGGUCGUGGUCUCAAGCGUCCGGCUCAUGAGGUGGAUAAGGAUAUUUCUGCAGCUUAUGUGGACUGGAAACAAGGGGUCAUUUCGGAUGAUCAGGCAAUCCAGUUGGUUGGGGAACAUUGUUAUGUGGCUUUCCUGGCACAAAAAGCAGCGGAUAUGGAGGAGGUCGAAACCCCCGCCACACGAACGAUUUCACGCAAGAAGGGAACGGUACACGAGAUUUCGGAUGACCAGGGUGGCAACUGA